UUCCUUCUUAAUUUCUUCAACAAUCUGCUGUAGUUAAGUUACUUCACAUCACAACCUCUCAUUCAGAAACCAUCUAGUUCAUUUUCUAUGCUAUCUUCAGUGAUGAGUAGUUUGCUUCAUAUUACAAUGUUAUUACCAGUCACUCAACUAAUUCUCUCAUUUCUCACACUCACAGUACAUUCUCAAUCCACCAUCUGCAGAACCUCCUGCGGUGACAUCCCCAUCAACUACCCUUUCGGCAUCGACGAUGGCUGCGGCAGCCCCUACUACCGCCACAUCCUCGUCUGUUCCGACGCAGAAAAGCUCGAGCUCAGAACACCUUCAGGAAAAUACCAAGUUCGCAACCUGAGCUACUCUGAUCCACACGUUGUGGUCACUGACCCCUUCAUGUGGAACUGCGACGACGGCGAGAGUUUUCGCCCCACUAGGCCGUUCAGCUUGGACACCAGCACACGUUUCAAGCUUUCUCCUCAGAAUGAGUACAUGUUCUUCAACUGCAGUGAGGAUCACGUGAUCAUUCAGCCUAAGCCCAUGUUCUGUGAGCGUUUUCCUGAGCACUGUGAUUCGUCUUGUGACAGUGCUAGCUAUCUCUGCAGGCAUUUGCCACGGUGCUCUUUUGCUCUCACUGGAAGCUCUUGCUGCUCUUACUAUCCUAAAGCUACUGAGUCUUUGAGGUUGAUGCUUAAGUAUUGUACUAGUUAUGCUAGCGUUUAUUGGAGGAAUGUUGGGGCACCUCAACCAUAUGAUCAAGUGCCUGAGUAUGGGAUCAGGGUUGAUUUUGAUAUUCCUGUAACUACAAGAUGCUUGCAGUGCCAGGAUCCAGUGAAAGGAGGUGGUACUUGUGGAUUUGAUACUGUGGCUCAGAGUUUCAUGUGCCUUUGUAAGGAUGGAAAUUCCACUACCCAUUGUAAAGAUUAUGACACUGCACAGCACCAAAGGAGGGUCCAAGUUAUCGCAGGGACUGUUACUGGAGUUUCCGCUGCAAGCGCGUUUGGAAUUGGAGCUGGUAUUUGGUACUUGAAGAGAGUGAGAGCUAAAGCACCAAUCACAUGUGGAGUUCAGAGCAAUGAAAAUAGGCUAUUCUGAAAACAGAUCACAUAGUAUGAAGACAGAACCAUACAAACACAUCUUGCUUUAGCUACUCUUUUUGCCCUUAGCUAUUAGUUUUGUACUUUUGUUUAUUUAUACAAUUAUACAGGGCUUGAUGUUGCUUCA